AUGGCUCUUCUGCUCAGGAUAACCAAUGUCGAAGUGUGCGAGGACCCUGAAGACUUCCUGAACGAGUCGCUGGCCACCAUAUUUCCCGAUGAUGUUAUGACUCAACAUGGCGACGCAUCUCAUGCGCUUAGAUACACCUCGCCUCACUUACCCAAGCCACUAUAUAUUCGGCUAGCGGACCCAGACGAAGAGGAGGACCGUGUGCUAUUCGGUCACUAUCUCUGGAACGCCUCUCUCAUGCUUGCCGAGUUUAUCGAAGCCGGGACGUCAGGUUUGCAGCUUUGUCCUCCGCUCAGACGUGGCGAGGCUUUAGAACUAGGAGAGGGAAGGCUGAUCGAAGCGGCGUUUGAUGUUCGCGGCUUGUCGACGAUCGAGCUCGGUUCGGGAACUGCACUGCCCAGCAUAUUAUCUGCCCUGUCAGGUGCCAAAAGUGUCGUGGCCACUGACUACCCAUCGCCACCACUCAUGGAGCUGUUGCAUGCGAAUUUGUCACACAACACGCAUCCUACAUUCUCACCAUUGGGCAAACCCGCGGAAUCCAUUUCAGUGGAGGGCCAUGCCUGGGGUGAUCUAGAUUCUGGUCCGUUUACACAAAAACAUAAAGGCGGUUUCGACCGUGUGCUUGCUUGUGACUGCCUCUGGAUGCCCUGGCAGCACGACAACCUACGCCGGUCGAUUAGCUGGUUCAUGAAGGAUAGUGCUGAGUCGCGGGCCUGGAUUGUGGCUGGCUUCCACACAGGCCGCCACAAUAUGGUCGGAUUCUUUGACGAUCGGAAACUGGCCGAGGCUGGGCUCGAGCUCGAGAAGAUCUGGGAGCGAGACGUCGAAGGCCAGGAAAGGGAGUGGGCGAUUGAACGGAAGGACGACAGUGAUCGGAGGCGGUGGCUCGUCGUCGCAAGUGUUAAGAAGAAGCUGUGA